GGGGCACCCCCGGUCCCGCGGCCGCGCCGCGCCGCGCCGCCCCGCCCCGCCCUGCUGCAUUGUGGUCCGGCGGAGGGGAGCGAAGAUGGCAGAGAAGCAGAAGCACGACGGGCGCGUGAAGAUCGGGCACUACGUGCUGGGCGACACGCUGGGCGUCGGCACCUUCGGCAAAGUCAAGAUUGGAGAACACCAGCUGACGGGGCAUAAAGUAGCGGUAAAAAUUUUAAACAGACAGAAAAUUCGCAGCUUGGAUGUGGUUGGGAAAAUCAAAAGAGAAAUUCAAAAUCUAAAACUCUUCCGGCACCCUCAUAUUAUCAAACUGUACCAGGUUAUCAGCACUCCAACUGAUUUUUUCAUGGUAAUGGAAUAUGUAUCUGGUGGCGAAUUAUUUGAUUACAUCUGUAAGCAUGGACGUGUCGAAGAGGCAGAAGCUAGACGCCUUUUCCAGCAGAUUCUCUCUGCAGUGGAUUACUGUCACAGGCAUAUGGUUGUCCACAGAGACCUGAAACCAGAGAAUGUGCUGCUAGAUGCACACAUGAAUGCCAAGAUAGCUGAUUUUGGGUUGUCUAACAUGAUGUCGGACGGGGAAUUUCUUCGAACGAGUUGUGGUUCCCCAAACUAUGCAGCUCCUGAAGUCAUUUCUGGAAGGUUGUACGCUGGCCCUGAGGUGGAUAUCUGGAGCUGCGGCGUGAUUCUCUAUGCUCUUCUCUGCGGCACUCUCCCAUUUGAUGAUGAACACGUACCCACGCUCUUUAAGAAGAUCCGUGGAGGCGUAUUUUACAUCCCCGAAUACCUCAACCGGUCCGUUGCCACUCUCCUCAUGCACAUGCUGCAGGUCGACCCGCUUAAACGAGCAACUAUCAAGGACAUAAGAGAACACGAGUGGUUUAAACAAGAGUUGCCCACUUACCUGUUUCCGGAGGACCCUUCCUACGAUGCCAACGUCAUCGAUGACGAGGCGGUGCGGGAAGUGUGUGAGAAGUUUGAAUGCACAGAGUCGGAGGUGAUGAACAGCUUGUAUAGCGGUGACCCACAAGACCAGCUUGCCGUAGCUUACCACCUCGUUAUCGACAAUCGGAGAAUCAUGAACCAAGCCAGUGAGUUCUACCUCGCCUCCAGCCCCCCCACUGGCUCAUUUAUGGAUGACAGUACUAUGCACAUCCCACCUGGGGUGAAACCACACCCAGAGCGGAUGCCUCCUCUAAUAGCAGACAGUCCCAAAGCAAGGUGUCCUUUGGAUGCUCUGAAUACUACUAAGCCAAAACCUCUGACUGUGAAAAAGGCCAAGUGGCAUCUAGGAAUCCGCAGUCAAAGCAAACCUUAUGACAUUAUGGCCGAAGUGUACCGAGCUAUGAAACAGCUGGAUUUCGAAUGGAAGGUGGUGAACUCCUAUCAUCUUCGAGUGCGUCGGAAGAAUCCAGUAACUGGAAAUUAUGUGAAAAUGAGUUUACAGCUUUACCAAGUUGACAAUCGAAGCUAUCUCUUGGACUUUAAAAGCAUCGAUGAUGAUGUCAUGGAGCAGAGGUCAGGCUCAUCCACACCCCAGCGCUCUUGCUCCGCGGCUGGCUUGCACAGACCAAGACUGAGUAUUGAUUCUGCUGCUGCUGAAUGCCAGUCACUUACUGGAUCCCUGACUGGUUCCUUGACUGGGAGCAUAUCCUCCGUUACUCCACGCCUGGGGAGCCACACCAUGGAUUUUUUUGAAAUGUGUGCCAGUCUCAUUAUGGCAUUAGCUCGCUGACAAGCAGCACCGAGUCACCGGUCCCUCCUCAUGCAAUGCUGCACUGUGAGACUUUGGUCCUAUAUCACGUAUUUGUUUCCUUUUUCCUCCCACCUUCCCCCUCGUUUUUUGCUCUUUGGUCCCAUCCUGGGAAUCGUGUGCAUUGCUGUGCAAACUCUUCAGGAUCCGACUACUCCCUUGCAAAGGAUCUGGUUGCCCGUACAGCGCAGUAAGGGAACUAGAAACAGGUUUGUGUUGCUUACUACAUUCUGGUGGGAUAAAGAGAACCAGACAGCUUUUACCAGUGAACACGAUCAGGAAACUUGGCCGUGGUUUUAAAAUAGUAAGUGCAUCACUAAGCUUAUCGGUAAACAACCCUCUCUGAAAUGUUACCCCUAUUUAAAAGCAAAGUUGGCUAAGCAUCGGUGUCUUUAACACCAGCGCUGCUAAGUGAGAUUUUUAUUGUAUCCCUGUUGCUAUUCAAGGGGGGGAAUCCCAUGGAUGAACCAGGUCAGACGUAUAGACAAGUUAAACAGAUUCUGGGCAUAAUAAAACAGCGUGGCAGUAUUUACAAACUGGUGCCAGUAAGGCUCUAAGAGAGAGUUGCCAGCAGGCCUCUGUUAUCACCUCCCUCAUAAAAACCAGCAGUUGCUUAGAUGCUUCUGUGAUCUUGAAGCAUGUCAACCUGCUUCAUGUGUCAGGUGGUGGGAGUACGGGACUGCAUGCCAGGCAUGGCUCACAUUGCAGGCAUGCUACAGAAACAAAGUGAGACUCUAGAUUAAGAGCGAGACACACAUUUCCCCAUUAUAGUUCCCCUACUUACCUCUUUUUCAGGCUUAGCUAGCUCUUUUGGACCUGUUGGACCGUCCUGGCCUCCUCGUCCCCUGUCAGUGGUCGAGGCUGCUUGCUGUUUUGCACCACCUGCACCCUGAACCUGCUCUUGCUCACAGUUGGGCACCUGUAAACAGCUUCAGGCCCACGUAUCUGCAUGGAAACACAAAUCAAAAACCCAUUCACUCCCCGGAAACAGAGGUCUGUGCCAAACUUACUACUGGUCCCUGGGAAACAUCUGAGUAGUGACGACUGCUCACUAAUUUCUCCUUCAGGGUAUCUUCCAUAUCCCUAGUAGUAGAGGUGGGCAUGAGACAGAGAGUAGCCUCUACCUGAGCUGGUUUGGAUGAAGACAGAUAUUUAUGGAGCAGGGUUUUGAAGUUAUGCAAGAAAGCGUGGGAGAGGGGCUGCUGGAAGGAAAGAGGCAAGGGGUCGAUGGCAGGAGCACUGGAAAACAGUGGGAGCAAGGUACUAUUGGAGACAAAGAACCCGUUGCUUACUGUUAGCUUCCCAGGUAGAGCUCCGCUUGCUUUCAGCCAGCUUGCUUUUUAGCUCGAACUUGUUUCCUGUGGUCUAACACCCACCUGCAAUCCGUCAGGUAGCCAACCACAGAAAUACACCCCAGGUGCUAUUCCCUGCUCCCCUCCCCCAGUACAGGCAUGCACAUCACCACCGCACAGCAUGCCAGGACUCCUCGCUGGCCUGCAAGCAGGGAGGUGGGACAGAAGUACCACCUGAACCCUCAGGUGCUGUGUGUGCCAAGUGUGCAUCAGCCAAGAUACAUGGCACAGCUUUGUGACAUGGGUAGUGGGGAUGGUAAUUUCCCUCUCCAAAAUACACGGGUGCUUGAAAGGUCAAAGGGUUCAAGAUGAUCUUUCAUGUCCAUGCAGAAGGUCCCUUCUUCCUACUUUAUCCCUGCCCCAAAAUAGCUGCCCUUUUUACCUUUCUGGUCCUACUUUGUAUAGGGUACCAUUUCAUUGUAGUCAGCAGUUAAGUUUGAAAGUAGGGUUUCAGGCCUAAGGGCUUUCAUGUACUUCUGAUGCUUAAUAGACUGUGACCUUCAUUGCUCUACUGAUAAGGCAGGGAUAUCUUAUGGUUUUAUUGUUUCCUUACUACUGGUUAUCUGAAGGAUUGGAUUGUGGUUUUUUUUUUUAACAAACUAUAGGGAUUUUUAAGGUUAAAAUUCUUGUUUCAACAAGGGUAAACUGCUCAUGCAUGGACCUUUUGUGUAAUUAAAAAAAAACACACUUCAGCUUAAUAUAAUGGGUAGCACUGGCAUUGCUAUAGUAUUUAAUUCUCCUCACCUGACUACAGAACUAAUCAUGUCAAGAAACAGCUGCUGCUUAAAAAAUGUUGCCAGAAAUCUUGACUGUUUAUCACAAAAAACAAAACAGGAGGAUUUUGGCAAGGUCGGUGCCUGCCCAUUAAGGAAGAAACAUGGUUCAACUUUUAAACGUAUUAUAAACUUGUUUAUACAGUUCUUUUGCUAAAUUAUUUUUCUUGUUUUGUAAAGUUGCACUUUAAUUUAUAUUAUUUGAAAGUUUCUAUAAGAUGCAAGGAAAAGAAUGAUACAAUAGGCCUUUAUAUAAAUCGUGUUAGAUAAUGAAGGCAAACCAGAUAUUUUGCCACCUGCUGGCAGUUAAAAAGACGUUGUCAACAUAUAAUGUUGGUAUUAUUAUUAUUUUUUUUUAAAGAAAGCACAAAUUGCCUUACUUUUGUUACUGAUCGCAUCUUAGAGUGACACUGGCAUAACUUUACACCUUUUUUUCCACAAACCACAUUUAGACAGUGAGAGCAGCAGAGCAAGCUGCAGAAACCAUUUCACUGUUCAAGUGUUAGUUAGAGUUUUGAAUAGUAGGACAAUUAUUUUUUUUUUAAAGGAAACAUUGGGAAUAUUUGUAGUACGCUUAGAUUUUGUAACACGCAAUUUUUUUAAAUUGAAUUAAAAAAGUGCUCUGGGAUGGAAGGGUCUCCAAGGCUUUGAACUGGUGUCUGGCAGGUGCAUUAUUUUACAGUCACUUGGCAGCCAUGCAAGGCCAUGGAGAAUCCGCCCCUCCAAGCUCUUUUGUGAAGAUUUAGGGCCAAAUUAGACUUCCUUCUAGUCUUUCUACAAUCUUGGCUGGUUUAUUAGGAGUCUCCUUUCAGUGGCACAUUCAUUUUUAAAACAAGACGUAACACAACCUUUUUCUAAUAGAACUAUGAGGCAGAUCCUGUACGUCAGGUCUCUGCACGCCUGUGUGUGCACCCACAGAAAAAAGAAGCUAGGUCCAGGGUUCGGGUCCGGAGAGGUUUGGAGGGGGGACGGUGGUGUGGGAUAGCAGGAAAUGGGACAAGAAGGUUUGGUCUUUGGUUCAGUCCUUGGACUUGUACUCUUCAAUAUCUUCAUCACUGACUUGGAUGUGGGUGUGAAGUGUACUCGGUCCAAGUUUGCGGACGAUACUAAAUGGUGGGGUGAAGUGCAUACUCUAGAGAGCAGGGAAUGAUUGCAGGCAGACCUGGACAGGUUGGGACAGUGGGCAGUAUAUAGUAGGAUGCAGUACAACAGGACAAGUGCAGAGUGCUGCACCUAGGGCGCAAAAAUACCCAGCACACCUACUGGCUGGGAAGUGACCCUCUCAGCAGCACAGAAGCAGAAAGAGAUCUCGGAGUCAUAGUGGACUCCAAGAUGAACAAGUCGUCAGUCUGACGAAAUCAUCAGCAAAGCUAACUGCACUUUAUUAUGCAUCAGCAGAUGCAAAACAAAUAGAUCCAAGGAGGUCAUGCUUCCCCUCUACGUUAGACCGCAGUUGGAGUACUGUGUCCAGUUCUAGGUGCCGUACUUCAAGAAGGAUGUUGAUAGAUUCAAGAGGGUCCAGAGGAGGCCACUUGUAUGGUCAGGGGCUUAUAGGCCAAGCCGUACAAGGAGAGACUGGGGGACCUGGACCUCUUUAGCCUCUACAAGAGAAGGCUGAGAGGUGAUCUUGUGGUCGCCUACAAAUUCAUUAGGAGGAUGCAGCAAGGGAUUGGAGAUGCUCUGUUCACCAGGGCGCCUCUUGGGGUAACAAGGAACAACGGUCACAAGCUGACAGCAGAUUUAGGCUGGAUAGCAGGAAAAACUUCUUCACGGUAAGGGUGGCCAAAAUUUGGAAUGGGCUUCCAAGGGAGGUGAUGCUCUCCCCUCUCUUGGGGGUUUUUAAGGCUGGAUAGGCAUCUAGCUGGGGUCAUCUAAACCCAGCGCUCUUUCCUGCCUAUGCAGGGGGUUAGACUCAAUGAUCUGUUGAGGUCCCUUCUGACCCUAGCAUCUAUGAAUCUAUAAGGUGCAGCUGCUUGCCACUGGAGGAAGACUCUUUGGACAGGGUAGCUGGAGCAUUUCAAGAGGUGCACCGAUUCUGUAUGGUUACUUGGCCCCUGUUAUUAGAGCACUGGGGACCCCAAUCUUUAAUAUACUUUGUUACGAGGUCAAACAGAGCUGCUGUUCCUAGGUUACAGACUUGCUUAAAAGUCAGAAAAAAGUCUUGAAGAAUUGAGCUGUAUGCUCCCAGCACUUGGGAUAGUGUCCUAAAGAACAGACCAUCUGUUUGCAUACCUUGGGGCAGUCUAGAGCACACUGUCUGGUAGGUUGGUGUAGUAAAAGGGAGAGUGCUGGGGGAGGAAAGAAGUCAGGAGAACAGACCGUAGCGUAAAGUAGAUUGCUAAAGAGGUGUCUACACAGCCACCACAGCAGGAUAACAAGGAUACCUGAGGUGGCUUAGCACUAAAUUGUGUAGGUGCCAGCAGGAAUCUGGCCACAGCAUCAUAAAACACAACUGAAAAGCCAGAUAAACUAACACACUCUGAGCUCCAUGCUCUCAGUUCCUGAGCUAGCAUCAGGUAUCUCUGUAUUACGCUGAAGCCUUAGCCUUUUAAAGCGGGAGAAGUGGAAAGCUGGGCAUUGAAAUGAUCACAGAUUUCCUCCUGGAAACUAGAAGCAACAACAAAGUUUUACGGGCCGCCAGAAGCACAGGAAGGUUAAAAGACUUCCGAGUUAAUGCUAACCUUUGAGUUACUGCCCGUAGUUUGAUGCCUUAGGGCUGAUAAAUCUGUAAACGGUAUACUUUUCAGUGCCUGAGUUCCCAUGCCCUUAUUAUUACAUGCAUUUGAAAUGCAAAAGAACAUUUAAUCAUAUCUGACCCCAAAGAGCAGACUACCAUCCUGCCAGGUUUAUGCAGUCCGUGAAGUUGAGAAAACCUUUAGGAAUUAGGUUAAUGUCAUAAGCACUUUAAUAUACGGUCUUGUUGCUUCUAACAGUGCAUUUGUUCGUGUGAGCAUUUCUUACAAAGCAAUUAAUUCCUUCCAAGAAGCAUGAGCUCCCUGAGGAAGAUAGGCUCCCAUCCUCAAGGCAGGUGCAAUUUCUGGGCUGCCAGGCAAGACUUAGCAGUUGCAUCUUUUUGGUGCGGUGCAAAACAUUAGCAAAGUGAACGAAUCCAUGCAACUGUGUCGACUGUGGAGACUGGACAGUCACCUCGCUGGGGUCACUUGACCCCAGUUGUCUUCCUGCCUAGAGCUGGGCGGGGGGCUGGACCCGAUGAUCUGCAAGGUCCUUUCCAGCCCCUAACAAUGUAUGAAUCUAUGACUUGGUAAGGAGACAGAAUUAAAAACUGUUUAGAGUCCUUGUGCUGCAUUUCACCAUCUGUAAAAUUACUCUAUUUCAGUCAACGGACAGCAUAGAAGCAAACAGAGAGCAACCCGAGUGCUCAGGACCCUCAGUUCCUAUAUCCAGUUCCCUAGGCAACACAUCCCCUACCAGACUGGUAGUACUUCCAACAAUAGGCUUUCCCAAAUGGGCUGCAUUUUCUGGCAUCUUUAGGAAUUGUACCCGUUCCUUCUGUUCACAUGGGCCAGGGUUCUGGUUCUAAUUGCCCAGAAGCUACUUUACUCCACUUAUAGUUUCUAAUUGCCAUCACAUCUGUAGUCAGUGUCUUGUGAAGAGCCACCCACGGUCACUUGGAUAAGUAGGGUAGAUCCAUUUGGAUUCUACAGAUGUGAACUGCUCAACUUGCAGGUUUUCAGUGGAUUACUCUGUUUGGAGAAGUCACAGGUUUACCAGAUGUCAGAAGACAGUUCUGACAAUGCCGCACAUCUUGGACCUGCAGGAUGGUGCAAAGAUGCAACUUAAUGGGGGGUGUAGAGAUUUAUUCAGUUAUCUGAUCUGGGAACUAUCCAGCCAUAAGAUCAUAUGGUUUAGGUCACUGUGGGUAUGUCUACAUGAGAUGGUUACUGCUGUUGACUAAUUAGCCCCUCAUUAAGUUUUGCAUGUCUACAUGUGUGCCCCUAUUAGGCUGGAAUAAACUAAUUGACUCCACAUCAGGGUAGUACUUGUAAAUACAAAUACUAUUCUGCGGUGGAGUUUUUUUUACUCCACAGCAUUGCAUGUGUAGACAUUGUCCCAGCUGUCUGGGGCACAAGAGUGUUUCAGGCCGGAGGCCACCUGCCAGCUAGCCCUGCACUGAAACACCCUCGUGCCCCAGCCAACCCCUCUUCAGCACAUUGAGCCGAGGGUGCCCUGCCAGCUGGGGCUGCUCUGACCUGGCUCAACAUGCUGUGGUCCCAAGCGAUUGUUCAGACGGUGCACCCAGAAGCAAUAAACUCUGGAGUUUAUUGCUUCUCUUUAAUUGCACUUUUAGACAUGCCCUGUUUCUUUCUUAGUAGGUCCCAUCUACCCUCACCCCUCUCUGCUGCUUCCUUAAGGAAUGCCUUUCCCUAAUAUUUCAGUCAUGUUUCAUCAGGGAGACAGAUCAGAGUAUCAGCACUUCCCAUCAAGAAGGUCCAGUGCACAGUCCUGACGUGAGACUAAGCUAAAGCAAAAGUGGCAAUGUUUAUGCAAACUCUUCCAGGCACAUAGGGCCAGUGUGUUGCCUAGACCCUACCAGUCUGCCAGCUCAUUCAUACAAUGCUUCCCCAUCCUCAUCAGCUAUCCUACAGGAGAAGAGGGACCCUUAAAAAGGCCAGUACCCUUUUCCCCAGCAGUGCAACAAAGGCCUCUUACUUUUGAGGUUAGAGGGGUGUAUUUGCUAGACUCCAAAGGUGAACUAAAGAUUUAAGAAGGUAUGAUACACAGGUCAUAGGGUAACCCCCAACCUAUUAACCCUACAAAAAGUGUCCAUUAGGACAAAGGAUAUAAACACUUGUAAGAACUGAAGCAACUGGUUAAAUUACCAUUGCAUUUUUAUUUUGAUCGUGCCAUCUUCUAAAUCAGAACAGGCUAUCCAAGCCAGAUCUUAUCCUAAGCAAGUCCUGCUCAGCUUACAAUACUUGGUCAUCACUGGGCUACUUUAUACAUCUAUUCAGGAGGAAAACAGACCCAUACACCACGCACACAAAAUGAAAUUGUGCCUUCUACGUGUUAAAACUGCUGAAAGUCGUAAGUUCGUUUCACUAGGUCUGCAAAUAGUGCAUUUUACUCAGAUUCAUACUGAUGAGAAAUGUAUAGAUCCUUUCUAAAUACUUGAAGUGCAUUUGUUACGUGCUUGUUUUGCUUCAUCCUGUUCAGUUAUCAGGGGAUGGGAAUUUUACAUCCAUCUCUGUCGAUCGUCCAAAAAACCCUGUGAGAUUCUUUAAUUUUGGACUUGUAUCUUAGUAGGCUACACAUCAUUGAAACUGCACCAGCCAACCUACUGCUUUCACCCUUUUCCAAAAGCAAGUCGUGUUUUUAAUAUUUUCUCUUAAACUACAUGCAGUGCUUUCCUGGUUUUGGUUCUUCCUUCACAUAUACACAUUUUGGUAAUUUUAUUUUUUUAAAGAGCACUCCUCUUUUUUUAUCUUUCAGUGGCUAUAUUAUGCACAGAUUUAACAUGGGCUAUACCUUGGCUCAGUAAGAAGUCCCACCCCACGUGCAAUCAUGCUUGAAGUCUUCAUGGUCUUGGUAUCAGUCCGAAAUCAGCCAGCUUAAAUACAGUGUUGUGGUGGAAUACUGACUUUUCACAAAUUAUGAAACGGAUAUUAAAUGCAAUUGUCUAUGCGUUUAAUGCACAUCUUCACCACGUUUAACCAGGAGAACAGGUCAGCUGAUCAGCGAUCCCAGUGUUAAGCAUGAAUAAAUCUAACUAGAAGAGAGGUGGAAAGUACAGUGUAUUCUGAACAAAAGCCUUGAAACUCCUGCUGAAGCUGCCUUAAUUUAUCAGAACUUAUGUAUAAGACUGUUUCUUCUUAUCUGUAUCUUUCCUAAGUUUUUAAAAUAGUUUCUUUACCCUCAUCUCACAAAGCUGUGAAGUAGGUACUGUAAACAUGGUAAUAUUUAUUCUUGUUGCUGGGAGCAUGUUCAUGCACUCUGUAUCAUGUUCUACUUGUGUGUUUUGUAAUCUUAAGAUAUUUUCUUUCUUUCGAGUGCAAAGCAAAACUGAAUGACAUGACAGCUGUAGCGCCCACCUCAAUUUGGGCAGGAAAACCCCCCUAAUCUCCAGUUAAUCCCCAAGGGUCAAUACAACCAGUGUGUUGCAAUUCCUUGUUCAAGUUUUUUUUUUUUUUUUUUUUAAAAGAAAGUUGCUUAUGAUUUUCUCUGGUUACGAUAUUUUGCCUGCCACUAUUAAAAAGCUCUGGAUAUAAUUUCAUUUUUUUUUAAAGAAAAACAAGGUCUGUAAAAAGGGUACAUGGGUUUGGGAAUUUCACUUUUUGUUAACAGAAGGGCCAGGAAAGAAAAGAUGCUUUUUAUUAUUAUUCUUAUUAUUAAUGAUGAUUACACUACUUUUAAAAUAAUAGCUGUUGUGAAAGGGCAGAAGCCCGAGUUUCAGUUUUGUUCUUUGUGCAAGUAACCGAGCGUUAGGAGUCACAAAGAAGCCUUUUACCUUCCAUUUAUGGUGUGGAAAGUGUUUCUCUGUGUACCGCACUGCAUGUGAUAGCUGUCUCCAUGGCUGACAUUUGCACUUUAAUAAACUCAGAGAUGGAAAAAAGAGACAAUAGCAACAAAGCCUUAAAAUAUAUAUUGAAAUUAAAGGCCUCAGCGCUGCUGAAA